GAAGCAAUAAAAAAGCAGUGAUUUUUUACUUCAGAACUUAAAUUAGGCGAAGUUACCAGAAAGUAAGCCAUCAUCACAAAUGAAUUGCCCAAACUGUGAUAUGUCAACCUCGAAGUUUCCCACCCACUGUUCUCAGAGUGACAACGACGACAAAAGCAAAAAAAGAGGGCAAAAGGGUUCAUCGUGGACAUCCAAAACUUUAAACACCCAUCAAUUAUCAUUCUCCUCCUUUUCCAUCUGUCCUCCUUCCUCUCAAGUUCCAAACUUUCCCAUAUCCUGGUUUCUUCACUACUGACGUCCUAAGCCCUACUCUUCUCUUUCCUUCGAUUCCAAGUAUUGGAAUCGGUCAUCUUUUCCUGAUCAAAAAGUUCGAACCUUUUCCACGUCUGAUCAUCAUCAUCAGUUGUUUCAGUGAUCAGAGGGUUCCCCUCCCCAUGCCAACUCCUUACAAGCUCAGAGCUUAAUAACAUGGGGUGGAUGAAGCAGGACGGCGGUGGAGCGGUUGCGGUGGCGGUGGUGUUGCUUUUAGCGGCGGUGGAUGUUGUCCAUGGAGUUGGGGUGAAUUGGGGGACACAGGCGACUCACCCUUUGCCGCCUGCAACUGUGGUGAGGAUGUUGAAGGACAACGGAAUCCAGAAGGUGAAGCUGUUUGAUACAAACUCAUCUGCUCUCAACGCCCUACGAGGGUCUGGGAUUCAGGUCAUGGUCGGGAUUCCCAAUGAUAUGCUGGAGGCUCUCUCUCGAAGUAAGCAAGCUGCUGAAAAUUGGGUAGCAAAGAAUCUCUCUUCCCAUCUCUCCAAUGGCGUCGACAUCAGGUAUGUAGCAGUUGGGAACGAAGCAUUUCUAAAAGCUCUGAAUGGAACUUACAUGGGAUCAACGCUUCCUGCUCUUCAAAACAUCCAGUCAGCCAUAUCCAAAGCCGGACUAACCAGCCGGGUUAAAGUCACGACCCCACUCAACGCAGACGUUUAUCAGAGCCUUUCAAACCGGCCGUCUGAUGCAGACUUCCGAUCAGACAUCCACGACCUCAUGAUGUCGAUCGUCAAGUUCCUGAGCGACAAUGGAUCCCCCUUCACAGUCAACAUCUACCCGUUCAUAAGUCUCUACUCCGACCCGAGCUUCCCGGUUGAGUUUGCAUUCUUCGACACCAACAACACUGGUGCUGCUCCUAUUGAUGAUGGAGGGACAAUCUACACCAACGUCUUUGACGCGAACCACGACACCCUUGUCCGCGCCCUGCAGAAAAAUGGGUACGGUAACUUGUCCAUAAUCAUUGGAGAGAUCGGGUGGCCAACCGAUGGAGACAGGAAUGCAAACCUCAACUAUGCUCAGCGGUUCAACCAAGGUUUCAUGACCCGUGUCAAUUCAGGGCAGGGGACUCCAUUGAGGCCAGGACCUGUGGAUGCUUAUCUUUUCAGUCUAGUAGAUGAAGAUGCAAAGAGCAUCGAGCCGGGCAACUUCGAGCGUCACUGGGGGAUGUUUUACUUCGAUGGACAACCGAAGUACCAACUUCAGCUCGGGGCAGCCAAUUCGAAUGGUCUAGUGCCAGCAAAAGGCGUUCGAUAUCUGCCUCAGAAAUGGUGCGUGAUGUCCCAAGACGCAAGCCUUGAUAACCCGGAAGUUGCACCGAGCGUGAGCUAUGCUUGUGCUAAUGCAGACUGCACGAGCUUGGGGUACGGGACAUCAUGCUCGAAUCUGGACCCGAAGCAGAACAUAUCUUAUGCUUACAAUGACUACUAUCAGCAGAACGACCAGCUGGAAACUGCGUGCAAGUUCCCGAAUGGUCUCUCGACUGUGGUGGCUCAGGACCCUUCAGUUGGAGAAUGCAGGUUCAGGGUAAUGAUACAAAUGGACCCUGAAACGUGGUCUUCCGAGUCCGAUUCGACUUACUCGAUCAACCAUGCUCCUCUCGGCUCUGCAAUCUCUAUCUUUGUUGUGUUUGUGCUAAUGUUGAUAUGAGUCUCUCAUUGUACAAAAAGAUACCGUCUAUAGACUCUACUCCUACAUCUUGAUAUCUCUGCGGGAGGCAUCUCCUUAUUCCAAUGUAAUCAAAGUUCUUGAGGGAAGUAUUUGAUAUAUUACCGGGUUACGGGCAAUUCAAGCGGAAGAUUGACGACCUUUGGAGAGAAGGAUGGUGGAGUGAAGGUUGAUCGCAUCUUGGUACUGGAGAACAGGCCUUGCUUCCGCAGUCCUUUAAGUUAAAGGAAAUGUUCAACUUUGGAGCAGAAAUUGAGAUCUCGUCUCCUGGGUUUCGUCAAUUCAGGAGCGGCAAUCAAUCCCAAAUCGACGAGAACAUCCACGCUCGUGAUUCCGCAUUCUGCAGCUGGGGAGCGGCGGAGAUCAGCAGACUGCCGCCCUCAUCGCCGGAAUCUAUUGUCAUGACUGAGAGCGUGGUCGGUCUUAGGGUUUGCAGGUGCCGGAGAGGCCGGGGGGAGGGCCAGGAAGGAAUGAGAUGAAUCAUGAAUGGCUUGUCGUUGAAGACGAAGUGAGAAGAGAACGGGGUUCCAUCGCCGGGAGACGGCGGCGGUUUCUGUGUCGUUGGCGAGAGAAAGGAUGUGGUUGCGAACUUCAUCUGAGUAGCCUACUGAAUGCGCGUCUGCUUCGGAUUCUUCUGUAAUCCCGGCAGGUUCUUCGUGUCGCGUCGCCAUUUAUUCACUUGUUUUGGGAUUUGGGAUGCGGUGAUCGCAUUUGCUCCAGCCGAACCCGGAGCAGGUGUUUAA